AUGUCAUCCAACAAUUCCCGAUUAACACCAGAUAGGACCUCUGUCUCCAGCUCCACCAAUAUUGUGUCACACAAUCUGUCAGGUAAAAGACGUUCUCUAAAUACAAUUGAGUCUAGUGUGACUCGACUCCUUGUAUCAACCAAACAUUUACUUGAGAGUUUAACUCAGUGGGCACGCAAAGAAGCAGAUGAUAAGUUUGUAUCAGAUGCAUAUGUCAAAUUGGGUAAUGAUUUCAGAGCAGCAAUAAGGGCAUUUAGCAAUAAUGGCAUCGACAUUUCAGAUAUAGGGAAUGUGCCACAAGCAUUGAGGAUUAUUUUGGAGGCUGCAUUGAGUGAAGCACCUUCACAAGAAAACUUGGACAGGUUCUUACCUAGCAUCAGGAAUAUAAUUGUAACAUUGUUGCAAACUUUGAAAACCAAACAGGCAAAGGCGAAGGCAAUUUCUCAAGAAAAGUCUACUAAAGAGGAAUUACCAACUGAGAAUCAACGACCUUCAUCACUUGGUGUUGAAGGACAGCAACAACAGCAGCAGCAGCAACAACAACAACAACAGAGAACAGGAGAUAAUGAUUCCAGUGUUGAGCGAAGCGAUGCUUUGUCUCAGUUACAGAAGGGAGACGUUCUUCAACGUCGUGCAUCAAAGCGGUUUAGUGCUUAUCAGUAUGCAAAACUAACAAACUUCAACAACCCUACAACUAGUGUGCCUAAGAUAAAACCAAUGGAGUCUCCAGAAGUUCGGCAUUCAAAGAUUAUGGAGACAGAAGAACCAAAUGUCACACCAAACAAAGGGGUAGAGUCAGUUCAAGAGGAUGGAAAUACAGAAGAGUACGUUUUGCUAAGAAUUAAUGCAAAAACUAAGAAAGCCAAAGUUAGUUUACCAGUAACAUUUGCUUCAUUGAGACUAUUGUUUGUGGAAAAAUUUGCAUACUCCCCAGGGGCAGGUAAUUUUCCAGACAUAUAUAUUCAGGACCCACGUAGUGGUGUUCUGUACGAGCUCGAGGAACAUUUGCUUCCCGAUGUCAAAUCCGGCACUCUUCUUUGUUUAAAUGAAACAGAUGAUCAAAAUAAAAGUAUAAACGAAUUGAAUUUACGGUUGGACGACUUGACUAAAAAAAUUGAUACAAUGGGGAGCACCAUAAUAGCACAGGUGAAAGACUCAGUGGCAUCUGUUGAAAUUCCGGUACCCACUGUUGCUGCUUCUGCUUCUGCUGUUACUGCUAAAAGUGGGAACGCAAAUGAGGCAAAUAAAAUAGGGCGCAAGGAUAUUACCAACCUAGAAAGAGAUUUCCGUGCCAUUAAACAGUUGCAUAAUUCGUCAUCGGAAAAUUUCAAGGAGACGAUUUCGAAUAUUACCGAGCAGCUCAGAAAAUUCCAGGAAAUAGGUCUUGAGGUAUCUCAAAAUUCUAACAGAGCUUAUAUGGAGUCCUGUAAUUCUAAGUUGUCUGAUGACUCUGAUCUGUUAAUUACCAAAGUUGAUGAUUUGCAAGAUAUAAUGGAAGAAAUGAGAAAGGAUGUGGCACAAAGAGGGGUCCGUGUUAGCGACAAGCAGUUGAAACACAUUCUCAAAGAUAUUAACUUAGCCAAGAAAUCUCUUCAUGACAUGACAUUAUAUAUCUCGAAGGAAAGACCGGUGUGGAAGAAAAUUUGGGAGGCAGAAUUGGACAAGGUCUGCGAAGAACAACAAUUUUUGAACUUGCAGGAUGAUUUGAUCCAAGAUUUACAAGAUGAUAUCAAAAAAAUUGAAGAAACGUACAAUCUUAUUGAACAAUGUUCCAUUGAACAGAUUAAAGGGGCAUCUAGCAAAAGGAAUAAAAUUGUUGCUAACUUGUAUAUCCCAGAACCAGGUGAAAGUUUGCACGAUUUGAAGGACGCAGUGUUGAAUGACAUUGUUGGACUCACACCAAACCAUGAAAGUCGACUUGAAGCCAUUGAACGGGCAGAGAAAUUGAGAGAGAAAGAACGAGAUAUGAUGAAACUUACCAAGUUUCAAGAAGAGUUAGGUGAUUUUGUUGAGGAUAAGAAAUUGAAAAGAUCAGGGGGUAUUGAAGAGAUAGAGAAGCAGCGACAAUUGAGAGAUAUCGAGAAUUUAAAAAGCUCGUUUGGGGGUAUAUGA